CCCCGGGGCUAAAACCGGUGCUGCCUUCGCCCGGGCCCCAGCGCACUGAGCCGACCCGCUCCGAGCCGGUCCGUGUAGCGCCGAGCCUUGCCUGUCGCAAUGGCUGACGAGCUCGGUGACCUGCUGCGAGAGUUUGAGGAGGUGAUGGAGGACUUUGAGAGAGGCCCUGCCUGCCAGUACGAGCAGCACUUGGAGGAGCUGAAGAAGAAGGCAGGUCACAGUGUCUACGACAGUGGCAUCGAUGAGCUGGAGAGUACCAGCACAUCCCCAGGAAGCAGUCUCAACUCCAGUGAGGAGGACCUCAACACCCCUGCUAAUGCCUACCCUGCCAAAGCCAAGCUCGGAGACACGCAGGAGCUGGAGGAGUUCAUCGCAGACCUGGAUAAAGCCCUGCAGGAGAUGUGAGAGGUGCCCCCACGCUGGUGAGGAGCGUGGAGAGGAGCACCCACAGCAGACCAGCCCCGUGCCAACCCACUGCGCCUUCUGCUUCUGCGUCCCUGCCACCUUGUGUGGGUGGCAGCUCUGCCUGUGCCACUCUGUGUGGGUGGGUGACAACCCUCCUAUGCCACCCUGCUCCACAGCAGCGAUGGAGCCAGCAUCAGGGAGGCCAACUGGACUGUGCUGCUGGCCGGACCUCGCUCCGCUCCAGGACUCUGCCAGCAUGAGAUGGGACAAUGCCCAGCACUGUGCCAGCUCCCGAGAGGGAAAACUGUCUCGAUCCCAGCUGGAACCAGGACAGGACAGCUCUUGCUGGGGGCACCAGGCUUUGCCCUGCAGUGGAUUUUGGGGGGGUGGAGGUCUGUACCACUGGUGAAGCCCCAGGAGAAACCCUAAGCGGUUUGAGGGAAGAUCAGCAAGACCUUGGUGGCCUCUCCUGGGUCAGUGAAGCCCCUUCCCAUCUCACAGGGGGUGCCAACUGCUGCUGACCCUGCUUGGCAUGGGAAGCCUCAGAUUGAGCACCCCCAAAUCUGUUGUAAAGAGGGGGGUGGGCUAUGCAGGGGGGAUUCAAUGAAAGGGUUUGAAGCCUCA